CAGAGUACGCACGUGAGCCAUGAGAAGACGGCGAUGAGCCAUCAGAGUACGCACGUGAGCCAUGAGAGGACGGACGUGAGCCAUGAGAGUACAGACAUGAGCCAUCAGAGGACGGAGAUGAGCCGACAGAGGAUGCACAUGAGCCGCGACAAGGCUAGCACCUGCCGGUACCCUCUAACCAUGGAAAAUAUAUUGUCCAGCGAGGUCUCUACGUAUUGCCGUGGAUGUGCAUCUGUAAGUCGAGUACGUGAGUGGUUGGAAUCGAUUCCAGACACGACAGAGAGCAGCAGCCUGUUGCAUCACGUGAUCCAGCAGCAAGGCAUCCCAAGUUCACCCCACCCCUACAUCAACUCGGCCCCCAGCCCCCCUCAUCUGUACAUCAACAACUCGGCCAGGGUGGAGGGGCUGGUCAAGGUGUUGCCAGCCAAGCUCAACACCCGCGCCCUCACAGAGGACGCCAGACGCUGCCCCGUCCACAAGCACGACAUCAGCUUCAACACCAUCAUGGACGCAUCCAGGGUGGCCUUUGAUUUCUGUCCCCCCACGCCCCGCCCCAGCCCCUGUACGAGCUCCAUAGCUCUCCAGUUGUACACAGCCGUUGCUGGGACCAGGCCACAGAACACAAAACCACAGAACCACACCAAACCUAAACACGAGGCUCAAUGUCCACACGAGGCAAAACCUCAAAUCGAGGCUAGGUCACAAAAUGAGACGAAAGUUCAAAAUGAGACCAGCACACAAAAUGAAACCAGGUCUCGAAGCGAGAUAAGGUCACAAAACGAGAUAAGGUCACAAACUGAGGCAAGGUCACAAAAAGAGACAAAGUCACAAAUCGAGACAAGGUCACAAAUCGAGACAAGGUCACAAAACGAGACCAAACCUCAGAAUGAGACUGUUAGUCACAUCGAGGCUCACCAGGUGGGUGGGGCAGGUUCCAGCCUAGCUACCCUCGGGUACCUGCAGCGCUCCACCCAGCAGAACAUAAACGUCGUGUGCAGGAGGCACCCCACUCAUCUAGACGCCAAAAACAAAAAGACAGACAUCAAACAAAAGUUUGCCAAGAAAAAAAUUGGCAAACUUACAAUAAAGAAGGAUAAAAAAGUCCCAAAACUUCCAGCUUCCUUGCCGACCCCUGUUCAUAAAAGUAACACAAAGCGAAAGAAAAAACCAAAGAAAAAACCUCAUAAAACAAAAAGCCAGGCGUCCAAGUUUCUAGAAUUUGCGAUCAGAGCUUUCCGUGGAGAGUUCGAGUCACUGAAUCAACUGAGCUACCCCGUGUUGCUUGACCCUCACGCAACGGACAGCGAAUCCUCCAAGUCCGUGGAAAGCCAAGCGCCGAAGACGAGGCCGACAAAACUUAACUUUAUGAAGGUCAAGCCUGACUAAGGUCCAAAGUCAUUAGUGCUAAACGAAUAAAAUUAU